AAACGAACCUGCACUCUUAUAUCCUUCAUCCAAGCAAACCGACGAUGCCAUCAUCUCAUUCCAUCAAGACGCUCCUCAAAGGACAUGCUUCUUCGGAACAGGUCCCGGAUAGUAAGACCAGUAGCGCCCCAGCACCAGCCAGCGCCCUUGCCCCUGUCGAUCACCGUGUAAACGAAGCGCAUGCAAAAGAUAAGACGCUCAGCAAUGCAGCCAAAAGUCAGGGUACACAACUAGAGACACAGGUACAGGAAAAAGGUGUACAAGACAAAGCCUCGGACUUCAUACUGUCGACGCCAGGAUCUCGGAAACGGUCAAUCCUGCUCAACAUGAUGCUACCACCGGAGGCGCCUCCGGUUGACGCCAACCUUGCCCUACCACCAGUCCUCCUCUUCCCACCCAUGAUCGAGCCCCAAUACAACGCUACAACAAUCCUGGAGCGUGAAAUAUCUGCAGAUACCGCAGUGGCAACGCCUGAAAACACAACUGAAUCUACUUCAACAGCGCGUUCAUUACGGUCGUGGGUAAGGGGCAGCAACAAUGAUGGGCGUAUUACAAAGCGCAACAAUCAUGCUGUUCCCGUCAAGCGUGGAUCAGAUGACCCAGGGGUAAAGUGCAAGGAGGGCAUCAUCAUGGAUGUAAAUAUUGUCCAUUCUGAGACCACCACUGUCAUGUCGAAAUCAAGUCAUGUUCGGACGUGGAUCUCGAAGAUAGCUCGCACUGUCUCUGAGAACCGAGAUGGAGGGGAGACAGGAAACGAAAAGAAGCAGGCAGUUAUAGGUGGCGCUAGUACGACCAAUGUAUCGACAAUGCAGGGCCAGGAGCAACAACAGACCAUUUCGCUACCAGCGUCAACUUCAUCCUCAGUCUUAUCAGCUCCAGUGAAAUCGCUUAGUGGCGGUACGGAAGGAACUAUCACAACGACGACGACGACAACUGUACAACAGCAAGAGAUUGUACACCAAGAAAUCCAUCAAAAGACACGAUCGGUGGCCCUUGUGAAUGUCAAUGUCUCGAUACAGGACGUUUUUGGGCUGGGCAAGAUCCUGGAGAUGGUGCUGGCGCUAUCUCAUGCUCACGGUGCGUUCCUGCGCCGACAGCCCUUCUGGCUGCAGUGCGUGAUCAUGGGCUGGGAAGGGAUUCUUGUAAUGCUGUUGGUCUGGGGUUUGCUACGUAUCGUGGGCCUAGCUGAGGUGGUUGUCUGGGGGGCCGAUGACCUGGUUCGCGGAACGCUGUCAACAGUCCAAACCGUCGGCAGGGUAUUGGCAACAUACUUUUCGCAUUAGACCCUGUCAUUAUCAAUAAGAAAGUGUUUGCAAGGUGUUAGCGGGGUUCCCUCCACGUUACUCACUUAGAUACCUACAACUU